AACAUAAACGAAAACACUAAUCGAACUUAAGAAAUUUAAUAUGUCGUCUCCUCAAGGCAUCACCUUCAACUUCCCAUACUUCCAACCACCACCACCACCGGCCGCCACUCACCCACCCCCUCCUCCUCCUGAUGUCCUCCCUCCACCGCCACCAGUCCCCCAUCCCAUGGCUCCCCCACCACCCCACUUCCUCCCUCCCCCACCCCACUUCCUCCCUCCCCCACCCCAACCCCAUCCCCACCCCCACCCAUUUGCUCCACCACCGCCACAUGUCCACCCACCUCCGCACCCAUUGCCACCACCGCCGGCACCAGACCACCCCCACCACCACACGAUCAUAAUCAUCGUAGUGAUCUCGUGUGGGGGCCUCCUGUUCUGUGCGUUCCUCGCGGCAGCCUUGUUCUGCUUCCUCAAGAAGCGGAAGAAGAAGACUUGCCAAGAGACCGAGGUCAUACACUUCGACGAGCACUGGAAGGUCAAGGAGGAAAUUGUGAAAGGACCGCAUGGGACUGAAGCGCUCGUUCUAUCGAUCGAGGAUGAUGUCCACUUCGAUGAAGAGGUCAAGAAGGCUGAGAAGGUUGGCAAAGGAAGCCAUACUAGGGAUUUGGAUAUUGCUGAGAGCUCCGAGGGUUCAGGCCCCACCGUUGAAGGCGGGGGAGGAGCUCCGGCUGGCCCUGGAGAACACCACCACCAACACCAUCACCACCUUUGAGCAAAAAGCCUACUUGAGAUGCAUUGAGAAAAAUAUUUAAUCAAAAGUUCAAAGCGAUUAACCCUGUAUGUAUAAAUUAUUCGAUACACUUGUUACACUCGAAAGGAAUAAACAGUGCCAUUUCAUUUA